UGGUGCGCCUGCUUUCUUGACAAAUAGGGAGGCGGGCUGAGAGCCUGAGAGGAGAAGCCAAGCCGACGGCAGCAACCAUAACAACAAAAAAAAAGACAGAGGCGGAGCGGUUACCGAGCGGAGGGAAGGGAGAGGGGCAGUCCACCCUCCCCUCCGAAUCUCCGAUUCCCAUCCAUCAUUCCCUUUCCACCACCACCACCACCACCACCACCACCGCUAUUUAAAUUACUCCCCUCCCUUCCCUUCCUCCAUCCCGUCCUUCUCCACUGCAAUGCGGUGGAGAUCCGCGACCGUCUCUUAAUAACUCUUUCUUGUUAUCCGAGUGCGCCCCUCCUCGGAUCUCGCUACCCCUUCCACGUAGCCCCGCCCCGCCCCGCCCGUCGAUCCUCCAUAACACGGCGGGCCUCGCUUAUUACCAGAUCUCAUGGGAAUGUACGAGCUCAUCAAUGGGGAUGGCAGCGGGAUCGCCGAUCCCAACAAGAACCUCCUCGUCGUCGAAGGCGACGAUGGCUUCCCCCAAAAGGGCGACAUCGAGUCCGGCAAAAAGGUUAUCAGAUCCUCGCCGGUCGCCGCAGGCGGGAGGGACGCCGCCUCCGCCAGGAAGGGGCAGCGCCUCGUCUCGCUCGACGUCUUCCGGGGAAUCACCGUCGCGCUGAUGAUCUUGGUAGAUGAUGCUGGAGCAUUUGUUUCAGCAAUCAAUCAUUCACCAUGGGAUGGUGUAACCCUCGCUGAUUUUGUCAUGCCAUUUUUCUUAUUUAUUGUUGGAGUUGCGUUGGGACUCGCAUAUAAGAGAGUCUCAGACAGUGUUGCAGCAACUAAGAAUGCUGUACUUCGGGCACUGAAGCUAGCCAUUUUAGGUCUCAUUCUUCAAGGUGGCUAUUUUCAUGGCAUUCACAAUCUAACUUAUGGAGUUGAUAUUAUGAGUAUACGAUGGAUGGGUGUACUACAGAGAAUUGCAAUAGCCUAUCUGUCAGUAGCAAUAUGUGAAAUCUGGUUUAGAAGUGAUGAUGAUGUGGAUUCUGGAUAUUCCUUGCUGUGGAGAUACAGAUUCCAAUUGUUGGUCGGUUUGAUUCUUACAACCAUUUACAUGGCCUUCUUAUAUGGGUUGUAUGUUCCUGAUUGGGAGUAUGAGAUACCAGAGGCGGCCUCCAGUCCCAAGAUCUUCUCAGUGAAGUGUGGAGUCAGGGGUGACACUGGACCUGCUUGCAAUGCUGUUGGUAUGAUUGACCACAAAAUCCUGGGUAUCCAACAUCUAUACAAACGCCCAGUUUAUGAAAGGACAAAGCAAUGCAGCAUAAAUUCACCAGAUAAUGGCCCACUUCCACCAGAUGCUCCUUCCUGGUGUCAGGCACCUUUUGAUCCUGAAGGGCUACUUAGUUCCAUAAUGGCAGUUGUUACCUGCUUGAUCGGUUUGCAAUUUGGGCAUGUUAUUGUACAUUUUGAGGAUCACAAGGAUAGAAUCUUUCAGUGGAUGAUUCCUUCCUUCUUCCUUUUAGCUUUAGCCUUCUCACUGGAUUAUUUUGGACUGCAUAUGAACAAGGCUCUAUACUCAUUAAGUUACACAUGUGUCACUGCUGGUGCAGCUGGGAUUCUCUUUGCUGGAAUAUAUGUGCUGGUUGAUGUCUAUGGCUUUAGGCGACCAACCUGUGCAAUGGAAUGGAUGGGAAUGCAUGCACUGAUGAUUUAUAUCCUAAUAGCCUGCAACGUCUUGCCAGUUCUGAUCCAGGGUUUCUACUGGGGUGAACCUCAGAACAACCUUCUGAAGGUUCUUGGAAUUUGAUCAUCUUCUACAAGCACUGGUGGGAGAACCAGCCGUAGCCGCAAUUUCCGUUACAUUGGUACAAUGGAGGAUGCAUAUGAUACUCUCUCACCAAGAUAGAACUGCCAAACACUUCGGUCCAUUUCAACACCUCUAAAGAAACAGCGGCUGGGCCUCGGUUUUGUAUAUGGUUAUAGUUAGAUGUUGCAAGGUUUACCGUUCUGUUGCGGGGCCUUAUUUGCAUUGCUCUUUUUAGCACGUAAAAGGUGGUAGCUUGAAAGGUAGUGCGCAGAUAUAGAUUGUAAUUUGUCCCUUUCAUGGCAUCUACAACUUACAUUAGUAUGAGCAGUUGAGCUUAUAUUAUCCUAUACCUAUUGUGUUGCUU